UGUUUCUUCAUUAUGAGUCAGUUACAUUAGUUACAUUUACUUCAUAGAUAAAUAGAUGGUAUAUUAGAAGUAUAUGGCAUACAUAGUUUCAAAUCAAGUAUCUGAACACAUGAUGUUGAAUAUUCAGCAUCGCAUAGGAAGAAGACAAAAUGAAAUAAUGGCCCAGAUUCAAGCAGCUGUUAUACGGGUUCCAAAGCCAUCACUAAGCCACACCUUAAAAGCUAAUGAAGCGAAAAAAUUGCUAAAGAAGAAAAGAGAAGUGGAGGACACUUACAAGGAGAUUAACAAGUUUGAGAAGUCCAUUGUAGGAAAUGCUUUUGAAGUACACAGCCAAGUCACUGAUAGUGAAAUACAAGAAUCGUUGCAAACACAGAAGUUGCAAGAAAUAACCCUAGAAACUACAGCACAGGCAGCAACUGAGCUAUUACCUACUUAUUCAGAUGAUGAGUAUGUAAGAAAAAUUCAAAAACAUUCGGAGGAAGAUAUAUUUGCUAGAGAACAACGAGAAAAGAGACGUCGUAAAAUGUUAAUGGAACAGUUAAUAGCACAUGAAACAGAAGAGGAGAUUUACCAGGAGGAACAACUUAUUUACAAGCUCAUGAGACAGUCUCAGCAGGAGCGGAGAAUUGCUGCUCAACUCAUGCAUGUUCGACACGAGAAAGAGGUCUUAAAACAAAAUAGAAUUUUCAGGGAAAAGCAGUAUGAAGAAAGACGACUUAAAGAGUUCCAGGAAGCUCUUGACAGAGAGGCGGCUCUUGCAAAACAAGAAAAAAUUGAUCGUGAAGAACAAAUUGUCAAGGAAAGAGAGCGUCAUGAGAAAAUUGCCAUUGAAAGAGCUCAGACUCGUUAUAAAAAGCAUUAUUCCAUAUGUUGGGAAGUGAUUGACCAGAUUGUUGAUUUGUCAACAAAAAUAGCAGAAUUUCGAGUACUGACAAACAACAAAGUUCCAUUAAAACUGAUCUGUGAUUGGAAGGAAUUAUUUUUUAAUGGAAAAUCAAUAUAUGAAAAAGCCUCAAUUAAACCUUUGCCAAGUGAACCAAGCCCAGAACAACUUACAGAGUUGAAUAAAAUGGAUCUAUUAGAUGAAAAAGAUUAUGAUGAAUACAAGGUACAUGAAACAGAUAGGCCAUAAUGGAAUAUAAUAUACCUUGAUUGUUCAUAAUUGUAAAAAUUUUGUUGUAGUGUUACAUUUUCUUCUUUCAGUAGUUUAUGACGUCAGAAUUUGACAUGCAUUUUCUUUUCAUUACAUGAGGUUCUACUGGAAAUAUAUGGCUCUUCUGAAUGUUAGUAGCAGCAGAGAGUUGCUGCAAUUUUAAAACAUUUAAAAAUUAAUGCUUACAUAUAACAUUAAAUGUAUUUACCUACUCAGUGUGUAAGAUAAACAAGGAAAUUACUGUGUGAUUAAUUUUAGCCAGUUGGAAUUUGAAAGUGUGGUUAAUGCUACCGCAUUUGAAAAUGUGAGAAGAGACAGCCAGCAAAAACAAAUGAGAAGAAAUACAGUAUCUGUUAUAAAACCUGGUAGUCUUAAUCCCAGUAAUUUUGAAUAAAAGUUUUUUAAUGGGAAUUAUUGAUUUGGGUGAUCUAUUCUCAGACAGCAGCUUUUAUAAAAAUUAAUUUAAGUGGCUAAUAUUUUAGCAGACCUUCUGUUAGGAUACAAAGUACCUUAAAGUGUUUCUUCAACUUUAUGAUACUUUUUAUAAUUUCAGAAGUGGAAGAUGAAGGGUGAAUAUUGUCCUGUUUUAAUUAAAAACUAUUGUACAGUAUUUUCCAAAUUACAAUUUAACUGAUGGUUUUUUUAGAAAAAAACAAAC